UCUCCGGUGAGAAAGGCAGGCAGCGGCUGGCAGACAAAGGGGAGCGGAGAAGCGGCGUGGAGUUUUCCUGCAGCACUGACACGCGCGCACGCGCUCACCCACUCCCAUCCCUGCACACGGCCCUUUCACCGGUACGAGCAGCCGCGCAGACCUUGUGAAGCGGGUCCUCUUCACCAAACAUCUAUCAAAGUAUCCCAAAACUCAAUCGCCAUGGAGCUAGACUUCGCACACUUCGACGAGCGAGACAAGGUGUCCCGGGCUGCACGUGGCGGACGAUUGAACGGACUCCCCAGCCCGACCCAUAGCGCCCACUGCAGUUUCUACCGCACACGCACCCUGCAAGCCCUAUCCAACGAGAAGAAGGCCAAAAAGGUGCGCUUCUACCGCAACGGGGACCGCUACUUCAAGGGCAUCGUGUACGCCGUGGCCAAUGACAGAUUUCGCACCUUCGACGCGCUGCUGGCCGACCUGACGCGCUCGCUGUCCGAUCACAUUAACCUGCCUCAAGGUGUCCGCUUUAUCUUCACCAUUGAUGGCUCAAGUAGGAUCUCGGCGCUGGAUGAACUGGAGGAAGGGGAGAGCUACGUUUGCGCCUCUGAAAACAUCUUCAAGAAGGUGGACUACACAAAGAACGUCAACCCCAACUGGUCUGUGAACGUGAAGACCUCAGCCAGCCAGAAGAACAUUCAGUCAUUGGCAGCAAGGGCAGCUAGCGAGCCCCGAGAGCAAAGCAAAGACUUCGUGCGACCCAAACUGGUGACGGUGAUGCGCAGUGGCGUCAAACCGCGCAAGGCCGUGCGUGUCCUGCUCAACAAGAAGACCGCGCACUCGUUCGAGCAGGUGCUCACCGACAUCACUGAGGCCAUCAAGCUGGAAAGCGGGGUCGUCAAGAGGAUCUAUACGCUGGAUGGGAAGCAGGUGACUUGCCUUCAAGACUUCUUUGGGGACGAAGACGUCUUCGUCGCAUGUGGACCUGAGAAAUUCCGCUAUGCACAGGACGACUUCUCUCUGGAUGAGAAUGAGUGCCGAGUGAUGAAAAAUCAGAAAGCUCAUCGUGGUUUAAUCAAGAGUCCUGGAUCGGCCAGACGCUGCAAGUCCCCUGCAGAAUCAAUGAAUGGGACUGGCUCCAGUAGCCAGAUUUCCACCCCGGUCUCCAAGCACUCCCCCACUUCCAGCCCGACUAGUCCUGCACUCAACAAUACGCAGAAGGAUCUCUACCUACCCUUAUCUCUGGAUGAUGAUGAUUCUAUCGGGGAGUCCAUGUAGGCUCUCAAACCUACUUUUUACCCCCAAACCUGAGCGGCUUGCAGCCUCCAACAAGAGCGCCAGGAACAUCUACUGACGUAUCAACUAGGAUUCCUUUUUUUGUUCGAGAACACACAAAAUCACUUUUCUUGUUUUUGUUUGUUUCCACCACCAAAAUAUUCAUCUCAUCAUUGCACACAUGUAGUUUACACUUUUGACAAGCAACAAGACUUCACGGUUUACAAAUGUCACUUUAAAAAAAAAAAUUUUUUAAAUCACAUUACACUCAAUCACAAUUUCAAGCAACAAAAUAGGUGGAGCUUUUUGUUGGUAUUUUUAGAAGGGGUAAAAUUUGACUUUUGUACCACUUUAUAUUUGUGAUGUUCCCCUUUUUAGAACACAAAAGCUAGUCUUUUUCUUUGGACGAAGGUCCAGAAUUUGAAACCUGCUGUAAAUACUGUGUAUAGUUCUCCCUCCGUAACCUUCUCUGGUUUUCCCGGUCACCAUUGCUGUGCUUCCAUAACGUCGUGUCAACAUUUACUCAAACUUCUUCAGUCUUUAGUCAAAGGAAAGAAACUCUUGAGGGUACAAUGUGUGGAAAUGUUUGCUUAAAAAGGAAGCCAUUCUUGAUCAAUAAUUGCAAUAAUGCAACAAAAGAGAAAAACAUCCACACAUACCUCAGGUAUUUCUCUCUCCUUACAUAACUGGUAAAAUCAUAUACUCCGUGUUGUACAUACUGCAGUGCAUGAUACUAAUGAAUUAUUUCAAAGGUUUGGUGCUUAUCUGAAGGACCUAACAGUGCAGAUGAUUGACCAAAGUUCAAUUAGGCCAAUCAGUAAAUGGCAGUGUUUGUUACAAAGUUCCACUCAGAAGAAUACAUUAAGGUCACAAAGCCAAAGUGUUGCAGGAUUUAUAGAAAGGACUAGAAAAUAUUCUCACGUAAGCAUGUUCCUCGCAAGGUUCGACAUUAAACAUGUGGCUUUUUAAUAUUUUAUAAAGUUUAUUAAUUUAUAUGAAGGGUACGUGUCUAGGAUUUUUCUCUACAUUUAACUCGUGAGCUAUGAGCACCGGUACUUUUUUAGGGCUCAUUGUGCAGCUCUUUUUCUAAAUAUAUGGGGAAAAGUAUGUUGUUUUGUCUAAGAGUUAUCUCAGGUUUUGCUGGAAAUCAAGCCUGAGACUCUUUUUAAUUCAAUUGGAUGACACUGAAGCACAACCAGCUACAGGCACUUUGAAUGUCCGUUACAAUGCAGGACCACAAUUUACCCGUAAGAAACCAAGUAAAGUGCUGCUCGUGUAGCAUCCUUUUAUUCCAAUUUCAUAUCUAUGCAUUUGGAUUUUAGGAAUAGGAAAGAAACGUCCUGUUUGUCUAUGACGUCAUGAAAGUCCCGUGUCUUAUCAAUCAGCAGUUUGCCACAUAACUAAAACGCGCCAAUGUUGUCAUUGCGAUCAUUUUCCAACAGAGGGCGACGCCAUACAAGUAUGUUUAGUCUUUCUCUCAGCAAAUAUCAUAAAAUGUCUGUCUUGAGUGAAAUUGGCCACCGCAGUGUUAGAUGGUUGAAUUCCUCGCCUACAUUGGUGCCUUUUUGUUUGUAAUCGGUAACAUAAGUAGGUAAUUUUGCUAUAUUUUCAUUACUAAUUCAAACGAGGCCUCCCAAAAAGGAUUUUUUUUGUAGACUUAGACACUUUAUUAUGGUGUAGAAAACCCUUUUCUUUAAUAUUCCACAUAUGCCUUUUCAUAUUUAAUAACUUUCAUUGGAAUUUACACAUUUUUUGUGGUAUUUUGCUAUGUCAAACAGUGGCUUGUUUCAGUGCUUCAUUCAAUGUAACUGGUAUCAUUUUGCAAAUAAAACGCUUGUACAAAUGGC